AUGACUUCACGUAGCAAUGCAGACUUCGAUGGGCAAGAGGUGCUCGCAUUCGCCAUCGAAUUGGCCAAGAAGGCCGGAAAUGCCAUUCUGCAAGGCUCUCGGAACCGCAAGGCCAAGGCCGAAGCAGGUAAGAUGUUGCACAACAUAGCUAUUACCUCUGCUCUCAUUGGCUGACGAAAGCUCCUCUGGUGAUUUUUGCCAGACUGGGAAUCUCUGACAAAGAAGAAUACGGCUGAUUUGGUGACGGAGACGGACCAGGCGGUGGAGAAAUUGGUCAAGGAGACGAUUGCUGCCAAGUAUCCCAGACACAAGUGAGACAGACCCCACAUUCUCUGCAGUGUGUGCUUGGCAGAUCGGGAGCUGAACGUCAUACGGCUACCACGUUGGACCUGGACAGAUUCAUUGGCGAAGAGUCUUGGGCUGCGGGCGAGGAGGCAAAGCUGGACGAUGCACCUACCUGGGUGAGGCAGAAUUACGUACAGCAUGCGCAUCCAAGUCAGCUCACUCAUUUGUAUUGCUGUGCUUCUCGCAGAUCGUUGACCCGAUCGAUGGGACGACGAACUUUGUGACUGGCUUUCCCUUUUGUGCCAUUUCCAUCGGAGUGGCCUACAAGCAGCGUCCCGUCAUUGGUGUGGUGUGAGCUGCCCGGUGCGCAGAGCGACAGCGCACUUAUCACAGCUCAUGCCUCUUGAGCCGAUCUUCUUCUUCAGAUACAACCCUUUUCUGCGACGAUUGUACAGCGCAUGGAAGGGCAACGGUGCCCAUUUGGAAUACCUCGAUGAGAAGGGCACCCAGAUAGGACAGCCCUCCAAGCUGCCUCUCAAUCCCAUCUUUCCUUUGCCUUCGUUGCGCCAUGCCGUCGUGGCAGUCGAAUGGGGUAAGGUCCUUGUGCACCGCCUUCCAGCUUUUCCCGCGCGCAAUUCGCCUGACCUUUCGCGCAUUCACGCAGGCUCGGACAGAACGAAAGAGACGAUUGAGAAGAAGACGCUCAGCUUUGCGAGGCUCUGCGGUAAUCCGGAGGAAGGCGUGCAGGGUGGCCAAUUUGUGAGGGGCGUCAGAAGUAUCGGAAGCGCUGCGCUGAGCUGCUGUGCUGUUGCCGAGGGUGCUUUGGAUCUUUGGCAAGUGAGUGCUGGACGUGCUUCAGCCAUAGAGGCGUGAGCGCUGAGCACUUCCUUCAUCAUUGAUGAAUCAGGAAGUUGGAUGUUGGGCUUGGGGUAAGUUGAUUUCACUGGCCCCGCCAAAAAGCCGCGAUUCUGAUUUGAAGCGCUGUCACCUUGUCGCCUCACGCAGACGUGUGCGCGGGCGCCGUCAUUGCGCAAGAGGCAGGCGGAGCAGUCGUAGGCUCCAAACAAGCUUUCCUUUCGGGUGCUUCCAAAUUCAAUGAUGUGACGCCUGGUGAGCAUUUCCACCUAGCUCAAUGCACAGAACGUUGCUGAAAGCCUUUGCUGAUGAACGUUGGCUGCUGCGUGCACGUGCGCCACAUUCCAGAGGUUCUGCAGGGGCGAAAGUACGUCGUGAUCAGAGCCAUUGCGGAUUCGGAGGGCGAAAAGGGAAUCGAUGCCCAAAAACGAAUCAUCACAGACUUUUACGGAGCGCUGGAGGACUGGGAAGCCAAGUAG